AUGGCGUCCAGCGAGGAGGACGGCACGGUUGAGGAGAAGGAAAACAACAACAAGAAGAAAACGAAAAGCACCGUCGCUACAGCAUGGCUCACUUUCUACAACAUCGCCAUGACCGCCGGGUGGCUGGUUCUGGCCAUAGCAAUGAUGCGCUUCUACAUCCAGAAAGGCACACACAAGGGUCUGUACAGAAGUAUAGCAAGGACACUCAAGUUUUUCCAGACCUUUGCGUUACUUGAGAAGUUGCAUUGCAUCUUGGGAAUCGUGAGGACUUCUGUGAUUGUAACCGGGGUUCAAGUGUGUUCGCGGAUUUUCAUGGUUUGGUUCGUCACCAACAGCAUCAGACAGAUCCAGAAUGAAGAAAGCGUACUCCUAUUCCUGGUUGUGUGGACGAUGACAGAGAUUACCAGAUAUUCCUACUACACAUUCAACCUGCUCCGCCUCCUGCCGUACUUCAUCAAAUGGGCCAGAUACAACCUUUUCAUCAUCCUGUAUCCUCUGGGAGUCGUUGGAGAGCUGCUAACCAUUUAUGCUGCUCUGCCGUUCGUACGCAGAACUGGAAUGUACUCCAUGAGGCUCCCCAACAAGUAUAACGUGUCCUUCGAUUACUACUACUGCCUCAUCAUCAUCAUGCUGUCCUACAUCCCACUGUUUCCUCAGCUCUACUUCCACAUGCUGCGGCAGAGGAGAAGGAUGCUUCACGGGGAAGUCAUAGUGGAGAAAGACGACUAG